AGCCAUGCACAGUGCAGAUAAAACACAGAUGGGAAGGAAAUGUUCAAUAGGCUAUUGGUUCAUAAUGUGUCAAAUUUAGGCAAACCAAUUAGUGUCAGUGUGACUAAUUUAAAUCCGUCAAACACGAAAAGUGACUUGAACACAAACUUGUCCACGGUAGUCUUCUAAGCCGAGCGAAGAAUAACAGUGCAUGCCUACUCGUGGAGAUGUCCGUGUUGUGGGUUUUGGGAAAUCUGGCACUUCCACUAAAACUGAACUUGACAUAUAUUGACCGCUUAAUCAAAAACACACAGUAAACUAGUAAACAUGUACCGUUCGAGUUAUACGAAUUGUCAUGCAUAGCGGAGAAAGUUAGCUCAAAAACGAACUUUUUUGGUUUACUUUUCUUGGGGAGAGUAGAAAGGGGGGCGAGGUUUCCUCUGCAUUUUCCGGGGUUUCGCUGGAUGAGAAGUUUCCUGUGUCGCUCGUGGAGAGUCGUAAGCAGAUACAGUAUGGCCUGACACGCAGAAAAAACGUUACUUUGUGGAAAUUUGUCUUUUACUUGUCAACUUUCUGAAGUGCAGUUGGGUCACCGGACCAAGUUUUAGAAAUGGCGAGAGACAGCACAACGCGAAGUUUGGACAAUAUUGACCUGGCUUCUUUGAGGGACCCUGCAGGUAUCUUUGAACUAGUGGAGGUGGUGGGGAACGGCACCUAUGGACAAGUCUACAAGGGCCGACAUGUCAAAACGGGACAGCUGGCAGCCAUCAAGGUCAUGGACGUCACUGAGGAGGAGGAAGAUGAGAUCAAGCUGGAGAUCAACAUGCUGAGGAGCUACUCUCAUCACAGGAACAUCGCCACUUACUACGGAGCCUUCGUCCGGAAGAGUCCUGCAGGACAGGAUGACCAGCUCUGGCUGGUGAUGGAGUACUGCGGGGCUGGUUCUGUGACUGACCUGGUGAAGAAGACCAAAGGAAACAGCCUGAAGGAGGACUGGAUAGCCUACAUCUGCCGAGAGGUCCUGAGAGGCCUGUUGCACCUCCACUCCCAUCACGUGAUCCACAGAGACAUCAAGGGACAGAACGUCCUGUUGACGGAAAAUGCAGAGGUCAAACUAGUGGACUUUGGCGUGAGUGCCCAGUUGGACAGGACCAUAGGCAGGAGAAACACUUUCAUCGGGACACCCUAUUGGAUGGCUCCAGAGGUCAUUGCCUGUGAUGAGAACGCGGACUCCACCUAUGAUUACAGGAGUGACCUGUGGUCCCUGGGAAUCACUGCACUGGAGAUGGCAGAGGGAGCACCACCCCUGUGUGACAUGCAUCCCAUGAGAGCCCUCUUCCUCAUUCCACGCAACCCGCCCCCAAAACUCAAGUCCAAGAAAUGGUCUAAGAGGUUCUUGUCGUUUGUGGAGAGCUGCCUGGUGAAGAGCCACCUCCAGCGCCCCACCACGGAAGCCCUGCUGCGGCACUCCUUCAUCCGGGACCUGCCCAACGAGAGGCAGCUCCGCACCCUCCUGCAGGAUCACCUGGACCGCACGCGCAAAAAGAAGGGAGACAAAGAGGGCCCAGAGUAUGAGUACAGCGGCAGUGAGGAUGAGGAGGAGGACAUGAAUGAGGAAGAAGGGGAACCCAGUUCCAUAGUGAACGUUCCGGGGGAGUGGACCCGGCGCCGGGAGUUCCUGCGGCUGCAGCAGGAGAGCCGAGGGCGGGCAGAGAGCCAGCGGCAGCAGCAGAUCCUCCAGGAGCAGCUCCAGCAGCAGGAGAGGUACAAGCAGCAACUGCUGGCCGACCGCCACAAGAGGAUCCAGCAGGAGCAGGAGCAGCGCAGGAGGCUGGAGGACCAGCAAAGGAGACAGCUGCAAGACUCCGGGUUCCAGUGGGCGGAGCUACAGGAGAUGCUCUGGGGGGAGGAGUCGGACGCACACGACCGAAUCCGAUUGGACGACAGAAACAAGAGGAGUGAUAAAAGACAGCAGGAGGAGAGGGGCAGACAGAGGACGGAUGUGUCAGUAAGGCCUGUGGUCUCCGGAGCAGAGCAGAGGAGAGCCCAGGCUCCACGCCACGCCCAGCCCCAGCUUCGUCCUCCCCAGCCCCCUCAGCCCCAUCCUCUCGUAGCCCCGCCCCAGGGCUCUCAGCAGGGCCGGAGGUUCCACCGCACGCUGCCUAAGGACCAGACCCAGCUUCUGUCCCUGCAGCACGACCACAGACACAGGCAGAAGGGGCCCCCCCAGCCUGCCAGCAGCCCCCCGCCCAGCUACCCUCCCGCUCACAGCCAGCGCACAGCGAUGGAGGAGGUGAUGUGGAGGUCCGACAGCCAGCAGGCUAACCUGAACAGGCUGGUGGCGGCCGCUGGUCUGCCCAGCCACGUGCACUCUCGUCUGGGCUCCGGCAGCAGCUCCAGCCCCUGUACCCCCGCCAUGCAGAGGGCCAACCUGCCCCAGAAAUCCAACCUGCGCUCCAGCAGAGAGUCCUCACACAGCAGCUCCCUGUCAGACAUGGUCACCUCCCCUCUCUCCCCCUUCGCCCCCCUCACCCCCCUCUCCCCCACCCUGGACGAGGUUUUCUGGGACUUCCCCAGCUCUGCUGAACGCCCUCCCAAGGUCCCAGAACGCACCACAUCCAAGUUCUACUGCAAAGAGCUGAUGAGUCACCAGAGGACAGCGUCAAGUGGAGCCCCUCAGUCACCAGUGGACAGAGGAGGGCGGUCGACCUCCACCUGCAACCCCCCGUCAGGUUACCUGAGACUGGAGAGCCCCCUGCUGCAGAGACGAGUCCAGCACUACAGGAGAACUCAGGACAACAGUCCUGCGCGGCCUCUUCAGCACCAGGGCUUGCUCCCUGGACUGAAGGCUGGGCUGGGCCCGCUGGGUAAAGCAGCAGAGUACUCCUCAUCAAGUGACGAGGUCGGCAGCAGUGAUGACGAGGACAAGAAAAGAUCCGUGACGACCAAUGGGGAGCGUUGUUUCUUCAGAGGGAUUCUUGACGGCAUUGUUCUACAACCUCACCAGAACCUUAACCACACACAGCAGGUUGUGUCAGGGCCGCGGAGCGGGCCCUCACAGAGACUGGUGGGGUUAGACUCGGACCAAAACUACGUUCUACCAGACCUCCUGCAGAAGAGCCCCGCCCACGAGGCCCUCCUCCAGCCCCAGUCUCCCUGCAGCCGAGGGCCCUUCUCCGAUCAGAUGUCCAUCUCCAGCCCUCCAGGCAAGAGCACCUCCUCGUCUUCCUCCUUCACCACCUUCAUCGACCCCCGACUGCUGAAGACCUCCCCCCCGCAGAGCCCUUCAGCACACAGUCCCACCGGCAGCAAGCCUGAGCCAAUGAGGAGAGAGAACCACAGGAAGGGCUCCGUGGUGAACGUAAACCCCACCAACAUCCGCCCCCAGAGCGACACGCCAGAGAUACGCAAGUACAAGAAGAAGUUCACCGCCGAGAUCCUGUGUGCUGGACUCUGGGGUGUGAACCUGUUAGUAGGAACUGAGAAUGGUCUUUGGCUGCUGGACCGCAGCGGUCAGGGGAAGGUCUACUCUCUCAUCAGCAGACGACGCUUCCAGCAGAUGGACGUCCUGGAGGGCCUGAACGUCCUCAUCACCAUCUCAGGCAAGAAGAACAAGCUCCGUCUGUACUACCUGUCCUGGCUGAGGAACAAGAUCUUGAGGAACGAACCAGAGGUUGAGAAGAGGCAGGGCUGGACGUCGGUAGGAGACUUGGAGGGCUGUGUGCACUACAAAGUUGUUCGCUAUGAGAAGAUCAAGUUCCUGGUGAUCGCUCUGAAGAACGCUGUGGAGGUGUAUGCCUGGGCGCCUAAACCUUACCACAAGUUCAUGGCCUUCAAGUCGUUCGGCUCCCUACCCCAGAAGCCCUUGUCGGUGGACCUGACAGUGGAGGAGGGUCAAAGGUUAAAGGUCAUCUAUGGCUCGCUGUAUGGCUUCCACGCCAUUGAUGUGGACUCUGGAACACCCUACGACCUCUACCUACCGACACAUAUCCAGGGCGUAAUCCAACCCCACGCCAUCAUCAUCCUCCCCAGUAGCAGAGGCACAGAGGUGCUGGUGUGUUACGAGGAUGAGGGUGUGUUCAUCGACACGUACGGACGCAUCACCAAGGAAACCGUCCUGCAAUGGGGAGAGAUGCCCGCCUCUGUCGCUUACCUGCAGUCUAACCAGGUGAUGGGCUGGGGCGACAAGGCCAUCGAGCUGCGCUCUGCCGACACUGGGAACCUGGAGGGCGUCUUCAUGCACAAGAAGGCCCAGAAACUCAAGUUCUUGUGCGAGAGGAACGACAAGGUGUUUUUUGCGUCGGUCCAAUCUGGCGGCAGCAGCCAGAUCUACUUCAUGACCCUCGGACAGAACUCCCUCUUCAACUGGUGAUGCCUGCUCCGCUAGUUGUGUCUGAUCCUGAUCCUCUUGUCUGUCAUCCAUCCUGAUCAACUGGAGAGUCUCAGCUACAUUUGUCGGUUAAACUCACCAUGUCUGGGUGACGACCGGGUGACUGGCGAUGUUUAGCUGAUAGCUCCUUGUUCCACUAGUCUGGUCUGGCGCAGGGAAUGUUCCUGAUCCAAGAUGAGUGGAGAAGUUGUCCUUACAAAUGCAUUACACUCCCACUCAUUACUCUCCUGUCAUGUCUCACCACAGGGACUUGAAAGCACAACUCAUGUUUAUGUACAAAUGUAUCUAUUCCUUGAUUUAUGAUCUGUUGAUCACUAUAUGGUUCUAUAGUGAUUGCUCUUUAUUAUAAUAAUGUUUAUGGAAUUCUGAGACAUUGUCUACCAUUCAGUAUUAUUGACUUAUAUUGCUUUAUCAAGACUGCAUAUUGAUGUAAAUGUUUGCUUCAGGGAGGUAAAUACACGAGUCCUCGCUUCAGAAGAACAGUCAAUGACAGUCAGUCAUUUUGUAGUACGCUUGUUGAUAACUGGAAUCUGUUCAGAUUACAUUUUAAUAGAGAGAACAGUUCAGACUAGCUAUAGAAAGACCAGCUCAGACUAGUUGACACCAGUUUAUAUUAGGUAUAGAGAUCAGACUAGUUAAACCCCAUUCAGAGUAUUUAUAGAGAGAGACUAGUUCACACUAGUUGAAAGGAGUUUAGAUUAGUUUUACAGAGAUGCUGGUUCUGAAAGUUGAAAGCAAUUCAGAUUAGUUAUAGGGAGACCAGUUCCGACUAGUUGAAACUACUUCAGAUCUAUUAUAGUGACCAGAGCAGUCUAGUUAAAACCAGUUCAGAUUAGUUAUAGAGAGAGUGGUUGGUUUCUAUCAAUGGUAGACUUUCAUUGCACAUUGAAGCAUUGUACUCCAUGUACACCAGUUAGAUGGACAGUUUGUUUCUGUAGACUGUGUAGAUAGACUUACCUCUUUCUCAAUCUUUAUCAAAAUGCUUCAUAACAAGUUCCUUUAGGAGACAGCAACAAAGAAGCAUGGCUGACUGUAUGCUGUUUGGUUGUUUGUACAGCAUCUGAUGUACAUACUGGUAUUAUUUGCACUGUUUUAUAGAUGUUUUAUACAUGGGCUGUUGUGUGUGUGUGCGUGCGUGCGUGUGUGUGUGUGUGUGUGUAUGCAGGACAGUGGCCUGGUCAGGUGAGCAUUAAGCCAGUCUUCUGCACUAGAUGUGGACACACUCUUUCUAGAUGCUUCUUCCUGCUCCAUCUUGACUCUGAACUAGAACUGAUGUCAGAUGGAUGAACAUUGAUAGUGUCAGAUGUUCAUUUUAAUGGAGUGCGAGCACAAUGCUUCUUUAUCUGCGUCAAAGGGUUCUCCUGGAGGCUUAAAGGCUUUGCAGGCUCAACUAGUGUAUGCUAGAACCACACAAAAUGGAAUCUCAUCAAUAGAUUUCUGGUCCUGUUCUCAUACUCUGAGAUUCUGGGAUUUAGAUGUUUAACUUUUUUCUUUUUACAGUUAUUUAAUUCCAUCCUCUUCUUUGUUUUUCUUUAAUGGCUAGCAUUGUGGCCAAAUAUUUUUAUUUUAUAUAGAUGGUAUUUGAACAGUUAUACCUGCUAGUUUUUCUUGACAGGAAUAUUACAGCUGGUUCUGUAAGCAUGUUUUAAAUGGCUAAAAAAACCUUUUCAACAAACAAUUGAAGACUUGACAAUGUGAGAGAUAGGGUAUUGUAGUCAUAAAAGCCUCUAGGGUGUAGGCAUCAGCAACAGUUUGGUACUUCCUGGUAAAGACUUCAAUUCACAUGACUCCUCAUUUGUUGACUCAUAUAUUUAGCUGAAUACAUCUGAAUCUCCCAGAUUCGAUUCUGAUGAGUUUUUUGUAUCUCUAUAGUUAGCUGAUAGGUGAUUCAAGUGGCAAGUCAUAGCUGAAGAACUGUUUAGUCAGGUCAGAGACCAGGAGACCACCAGAAGGUGGAGAGAAUGAUGAGGAUGAUGGCGGUGAUGAGGGUGAUAUACAGCAGCUGUAGGUGUAUAAGAAGGAUCCAGAAGGUUGAUGACAGUGUGUGUCAGGUGGGUGAUGUUGCCAAUGACGACAUGUUUGUGUGUGUGUGAGCUGGUAGAGGGUGAUUUGAGGAGAAUGAUUUGGAAGAGAGACAGAGUUUGGGAAGGUUGUAUGUUGGUAAUGGGAACGUUUUAAUUAACAUGACUGGAUGGGGGACCAGACAGUCUCACCAUUCUAAAUACGAUGUGUCUUUAGAAAGAAAGAAAACGUGUCCCACACUUGAUGGUAAUAAGAUCAAUUUAUGUAUAGAUAAAUAUUUACAAAUUAUAUAAUUUUCUCUAAUCUUCUUAUUUGCGCAUUUAAUAUAAAUGAAGACAUCUUAAUUUUGUUUAUUUGUUGAUGUGACCUUGGCUUUAUUUUUGCACUGGAACUCUCUUUUGAACAACAAUGUACUGUAUACCAAACAAUGAAGUUAAUUAGUCACACUAAUCCAGAAAAGUGUUAUAACUGUAUGAAGAAACAAUGUUGAACAAAUAAAAACAAAACCAGUUUGUAGACCA